AUGACGUCGACUCCUGCAGUGGUGGCACCUCCAACGGUGGUGACAUCUCCCAUGGUGCCACCUCCCAUGGUCGGGGUGAUGGGUCCAUGGACCUGUGACACCAUCUUGGCCCGAGCGUUCCCGGAGGUGGCCUCUCGCUUGGCCGUCACCCGCCUCAAUCGUCACCCGACGUUGUCCCAAAGCUACUGGUGGGAUGCCGUCAUCUUACCGGAAUCGUGUCGGACCCCCCAAGGGGUGACGGGUCUUCUCACCGUUGAACGUUCUUCCACCGCUUUGGUGGGACCACUCAACCCGGCCACUUGUGGAGCUGCUGGGCUACUAACGGCCGCUUGGAACAAGCCCUUGGUGGCCUGGACGUGUUUAGGUGACAUCGAAGGUUUGGUGACAUUGGUCAACCCCAUGCCGGAACCUUCGGAGGUUCUUCACGAUGUUCUGCGGUAUUUUCGGUGGGCGCACGUGGCCGUCAUCUCCUCGCCAGAAGAUCUCUGGAGGGAGGUUGGGUUGGGUUUGGCCCAAGAGUUGAGGACCUUGGGGUUGCCCGUCACCGUUGUCACCACGGCGGGGACACGGGAGGAGGAAGCGGGUGAAGCUCUGAGGAAGGUGAAGAAGGCAGAUGGUGUCCGAGUGGUGGUGAUGUGUAUGCACUCGGUUCUUCUGGGCGGCGAGGAGCAACGUGUCCUCCUGGAGAAGGCCGAGGACAUGGGCAUGACCGACGGGACCUACGUCUUCGUCCCCUACGACACCUUGACCUUCCCUCUGCCCUACCGGCGUGUCACCUACCCCGUCCUGGCCACCAACACCAAGCUGCGCCUGGCCUACGACGCCGUCCUCACCAUCACCAUGGACUCGGACAACGAGACCUUCCGGGAGGUCCUCCAACGGGCCAAGGAGAGCUUUGAGGUCCCUGCCCACAUCGAUCCUGCACAGGUCCACCCCAUCUUCGCCACCAUCUACAACUCCAUCUUCUUUGAGGCCGUGGAGGCCUCUCGCCGGAGUGGCCGGUGGGUGACGGGGACCACGGUGGCCAACCACGCCCGUGACUUCCACCUCCAGGGCUUCUGCCAGAGCUUCGAGGUCACCGAGGACGGUGACGUCACCGUCCCCUACGUGGUGUUGGACACCGAUGGCAAAGGCGACCGGUUGUGGCCAGUUUACGGACUGGAACCGGGGACCAAGGGACUGGGCUACCGUGGUCACAGCCCCCACGGGUGUCCUUGGACUUCUAGGUGGCCACGGGCCACCACAGGAGGUCCUGGUGGCCCAUGCCACCCCUUCAUCCCCCCCAUCCUUGUCUCCACCACAGGCCUGGACGCCACCUUCAUCCUCCUCAUGUUCCUCCUCAUCUCCACCCUGGUGGCCGGAGGAGCCGCCCUGGCUUGUUUCAUCAGACGCCGUAUUCAACAGGCCCAGCUGAUGAAGGGACCCAACAAGAUCAUCCUCACCAUGGAGGACCUGACCUUCAUCAACACCCAGAGCAGCAAGAGG